AUGCCAAUUUCAGUAACAACAUCGGACCAGUUUCAACACAUAUUGCGUGUUUUGAAUACAAACGUCGAUGGACGUGAAAAGGUAGUAAUAGCACUUACAGCCAUAAGAGGAGUUGGAAGACGCUUUGCAACGGUUGUAUGCAAAGAGGCAGGAGUAGACGUCACCAAAAGAGCAGGAGAAUUAACCCAAGAUGAAAUCAACAAACUCGUUGCCAUUAUAUCUUCGCCUGCAGAGUUUAAAGUGCCUCACUGGUUCCUUAAUAGACAAAAGGAUGUCAAGGAAGGCAAACAUAUGCAUAACGCAUCCAACUUGCUAGAUUCAUGUCUCCGUGAAGAUCUUGAAAGGCUUAAGAAAAUGAGACUCCAUAGAGGUUUGAGACAUUACUGGGGACUAAGAACACGUGGCCAACAUACCAAAACUACAGGAAGACACGGACGCACAGUCGGUGUCGCAAAAAAGAAGUGA